UUCCUGAUCCUAGGGUAACAAGUGAUGCUGUUUGAGACAUUGGAUUCAGAAAUCUAGUACAAGCCCAAACCCGUAAUGGAUUUAAAACUAAAAAGUAUAACCUGGGUUGGGAAGAACAUCUCCCAGAAGUUUGAAACAAUGUGCCAGGAGGUGGAUAACAUUGUGAGUCAGGACACUGUUAGAUAUGUUGAAAACCAAAUGCAGACAGUGGGGGACAGCAUGAAAAAGUUUUGCUCUGAUGUCGUCCAAGAUUUUCUUCCUCCUUUAGUGGAUACUGUAAAACAUGAAGCUCAAGAAGUGGCUCUGAAAAAAAAUGCUGCUAUUGGUACAUAUCUGAAGUCAAUAAUAGGUAUUCAAGAAAAUCAGGAAGAUGUGUUCAUUAACCAAUCAACUGUGGAGCCCAAUGCAGUUGAUCCAGUGACAAACCAGAUGGGAAAUGAAUUGAAUGGACUUCACCUUGGAAACCAACUUAUUACUCCAAUUUCUGAGGAUUCCUCUGUAAGGCCAGAGUCUGAUUUGGAUUCCGGACCAACUGAUGAUGUUUUAGCACAUGAGAUCUUUGAUGUGAAUGAAGAAGAGGAUUCUAUAAAGGAGAAGUCAUCUACAUCUAGGGUAUUGGAGUCAAUAUCUCUUGGUGGGAAAGACUCUUCUAAGGCAUCGUUGAUCUGCGAGUUUGCUGAUUGCAAUGAGAAAAAUGAAUGCAGCUUUGUGACAGAGGUUUCAUCUGUAACUUCAGUUUGUGUUGUGGAGUGCCAAUCUGCCCAAGAAAAGGAUACAGUUUGUGAUAACUUCGCUGAUAACUCGGUGAGUGUUUCUGAUGCUUCAAAUACUUCAUCUGCUUCUGAGGUGGCUUUCUCAGUUGUAUCCUGUGUCGAAAAAGUAUCAGAACCGGGAUUGAUGUCCUCUACCAAUUCACAAUUAUCGGGAUCUAACAGUUCUUAUGAAAAUUUAAGUGCAAACUUUGCUACACAAUCAGUGUGUUUUAAUGAUCCUGUUGAUGGGGUUUGGUCUGUGUCUGAUUGUUCUGAGGCCCCCCCAUCUUCUACAUUGGCUCUAAUUGCAUCUCUCAAAGACAAUGCAGCAGAGGCAGGACUCAUCAAAUCCUGCAGUGUCCUGUCAUUGGAAUCAGGCGGGGAAGAUGUCUCCGGAACAAAUUAUACAUUGUCACUUAGCGGGACAUCUCAAAAUAGUAAUGCUGAGUUAUGUGGUUCUGCUCAAUUUGAUGCUCAUACAUUCUCUUCAGAUAGUGGAUAUUCACAUUAUUGCAGUGAUGAUUUUGAUUAUUCUGGGAUGGAAACAGUUGAAUUGUCUGACAACGUGAAGCUAGAGGAAAGCUGCGUCAUGGUUGACAGUAGCGCACUUUAUGCUGUCUCCCAAAGAACCCAAAAACUUGGAUCGUUCAAGAAAAGAAUCAAGGAUGCUUUUGCUUCAAAAAAGAGGUUAACUAAGGAGUAUGAGCAGCUAGCAAUUUGGUUUGGAGAUAGUUACAUUGGACCUAGUCAAGACACAUUGCAAGCUCUCUUGCCAUCGACGGUCACCCCAACCUUGGACUCAAAGGGUAUAUCUGAUUCUGAAUGGGAACUCCUGUAAACAAUUCAAGUUUCUCACUGGAUGGCUGCGACCAGACUGUUCAUGUCACCUCUUGCUCGUGCAGAUCAGUGUGUUGUCUUAUCACAGUGUGAAUAAAGUCAAUAAGCAGGUCCAAGUUCCCUCUGUAUAGAAAUAAGAAACAAUAAAGGUAUUCUAAGAUGAGACACCUAUGCAAAUUUUAUCUGUUUUUUUGUAGAUGGAAUGACACUUCCCUGAUUAGUUGCAAUAUAAUGCCACGUCUUUAUGGUUUUGCUACAGCCAACAUUGAUUAUAGUCAUUUUUUUGUUGUAUUUAAU